AUGGGGUCCGUGCUGGGUCGCAUCGAGGUUGAGACGCCGCGAUUCACGGUGGAGGAGAAGACUGAUGCAUUCGAGAUUCGACGAUACCCUCCGCAGAUGGCGGCGGAAGUGACUUACGACGGCGACCACUUCCAGCGUGUUGGCUCCAGAAGCGGCUUCUUUGCCCUAGCAGGCUACAUUGGGGUGCUGGGUCCACCAGAGAACAGAAAACCUGUGCUAGGCGAGGGAACAGGAGGGGAGGAGCGGCAGAAAAUAGCCAUGACUGCUCCUGUCAUCACAGAAACAAGCGCUACCACUGCUGCGGAUGGGGAUGGUGCUGUUGCUGGUUCUGCUGCUGGUGCUGAUGGAGGUGGUGGGGAGGGGGGUGAGAGUGGUGAGAGUGGUGAACCGCAGAAAAUCGCCAUGACUGCUCCGGUGGUAACGGAAGUGGUAACACCUGUCGCAGGAGAAACAGGUGCUGGCGAAUCGACGACAGCAGCAAGCAAAACGACAAUGCAGUUUCUGCUGCCUGCAUCGUUCACACCAGAAAACACCCCCAUUCCCACCAACCCAGCCGUGCGCGUGCGACAGGUUCCUGCUCGCCUGAUUGGUGCGCUUACUUUCUCGGGUCUCACGACGAAUGCUGUGCUGGAGCUCAAGUCACGAGAGCUGCGAAGUGCGUUGGAGAAGGCAGGGUACGGCAUUGCUGGGGAAUAUGUGCUCGCCCGUUACAACGACCCGUUCACGAUUCCGUGGUUUCGCACGAACGAGAUUCUGUACCCGUUAGAAGAGGUUCCGAAAGAGAGUGGUUUAUAA